AAAACAGAAUGGAUUUGUGAGAGCUUUCUUUUCCUGCUGAAUUUUAUUUUGGCAAAAUAUUGUGUCUGGCAGUUUAGUGAAAGAAAAGGGCAAAAGGAAAGAAAUAAAGAAAAGGAGUGACAAAAAGGUUCAUUGUGUUUCAUUUAAUCCUUUGUAUGGAGUAACAUCCUGUCUGUAAGAGUCCCUGUCAGCCGGGCUAUCCUCUCACCUCCUCCCCACCUGUUCUUCAGGAGCUGACAAUUCUGAAUGGUGCAUAGAGAGAAGCUUUCUGUAGGACAAUCUCUAUUUAUUUCUUUAAUGAUGAAAAUACUUUGGUGAUUGAAUAGCUGUGCUCGGGAUGGAAGGAUAACCCAGAGAAGGAGAACUACAUUAGGGCUUCGCAUCUUCACAUGCAUCUCUGUUUUGGGAAAUGAGGUUUUUCUACCAAGAGAAGAACAACCGAACAAGCAUGAAAUGCAGGAACAAACUGGGAAGCAAAGAAGGUAAUAAGCGAGAGAAUGCUAAUAAUGACAUAGCACAGCUGGAACAAAAGGAGUAAUCAAGUUGUACUUAGAGGUAACUGGACAGAUUCAAUAUGGACACUUUUCAGCUAUGACCUGAGAAGAAAAUAAAAAAGAGCGAUACACUGAAUUUAAGGUAAAAGUUAGGAUGGUAGCAGGGGAUGCUAUUAUGUACAGUCCAAUCCUAGCAAGUUGGCAGCCGAUCCUGCUCCUCAUGUUGGGGUCUGUUUUCUCAGGAUCUGCCACUGGGUGCCCACCUCGCUGUGACUGCUUUCCUCAGGAGAGGUCUGUGCUGUGCCACCGUAAGCGUUUCACUGAUGUUCCUGAGGGUAUCCCUACUGAAACUCGCCUAUUAGAUCUCAGCAAGAACCGAAUUAAGAACAUUAAUCAGGAUCAGUUCCUUAACUACCCUCUCCUAGAGGAAUUGGAACUCAAUGAGAAUAUCAUUAGCACCAUAGAGCCAGGUGCAUUCAACAAUCUUUUUAACUUAAGGACUUUGGGUCUUAGGAACAAUAGGCUAAAACUUAUCCAAUUAGGAGUAUUUACUGGUCUGAGUAACCUUACUCAGUUAGACAUUAGUGAGAAUAAGAUAGUAAUUCUCUUAGAUUACAUGUUCCAGGAUUUGUAUAACCUCAAAUCCCUUGAAGUUGGGGAUAAUGAUUUGGUUUACAUUUCUCACAGAGCCUUUAGUGGGCUUAACAGUUUGGAACAACUGACUCUAGAAAAAUGUAACUUGACAUCUAUACCAUCAGAGGCUCUUUCUCAUUUACACAAUUUGAUUGUGCUACGACUCAGCCAUUUAAACAUAAAUGCCAUAAGGGACUACUCUUUUAAGAGACUUUACAGGCUUAAGGUGCUGGAAAUUUCCCACUGGCCUUACCUGGACACUAUGACAUCCAACUGUCUGUAUGGACUAAACCUAACAUCUUUGACUAUAACUCACUGCAACCUGACUUCUGUUCCUUAUGUGGCCGUACGGCAUUUGGUGUACCUCAGGUUUCUAAACCUAUCCUAUAAUCCUAUCACCACCAUAGAGGGAUCUAUGCUCCAUGAACUUCUGAGACUGCAGGAGAUCCAUUUGGUUGGAGGAGCACUGGUAGCAAUUGAGCCGUAUGCAUUCCGUGGUCUUAAUUACCUGCGCAUCCUCAAUGUUUCUGGCAACUACUUGAACACCCUAGAAGAAUCUGCAUUCCAUUCUGUUGGAAAUUUGGAGACGCUCAUCAUUGACAACAACCCCCUGGCUUGUGACUGUAGGCUGCUAUGGAUCUUUCGGCGACGGUGGAGACUGAACUUCAACAAACAGCAGCCAGCAUGUGCUACACCAGAAUUUGUUCAAGGAAAGGAGUUCAAAGAUUUCCCAGACAUUCUUUUGCCCAAUUACUUCACAUGUCGCAAGGCUCGCAUACGUGACAGAAAACCUCAGCAGAUAUUAGUGGAUGAAGGUCUCACUGUGCAUUUUGUCUGUAGAGCAGAUGGAGAUCCAGCACCUGUAAUUAUGUGGUUGUCACCCAGGAAACAGCUUAUUACCACCAAAACAAAUGGGCGACUCACAGUUUUCCCAGAUGGCACACUGGAGGUGCGGUAUGCACAAAUUCAAGAUAAUGGCACUUAUGUGUGUAUUGCUAGCAAUGCAGGUGGCAAUGACACUGUGCUUGCUCAUUUGCAUGUUCGCAGCUACUCUCAGCCAAAUAAUAGCCUUGCAUUCAUUUCCAACCAGCCGAAUGAAAGCAAUGCCAAUAGCACACGUGCCACGGUGCCUUUUCCCUUUGAUAUUAAGACACUUAUCAUUGCCACAACCAUGGGCUUUAUCUCCUUCUUAGGGGUGGUGUUGUUUUGCUUAGUGCUCCUUUUCCUCUGGAGCCGGGGGAAAGGAAACACAAAACACAAUAUAGAAAUUGAGUAUGUGCCACGUAAGUCAGAUGCUGGCAUUAGCACUGCAGAUGCCCCUCGCAAAUUUAAUAUGAAAAUGAUUUAAAAAAGCAGCUGAAACAGGAAAACCUGUUUGUGAAAAAUGAGAUCUCGGAACUGGAAACAUACAAGCCUGUACAAACAAUGAAAGUUAAAGUGAACAGUUACAAAAGUGACUGCUAUCAAAAACAAACUUGCUGUUAACCUUCAAUGGGUUUCAUUAGCAGUGGAUUUUUAAUAAGAUCUUAUCUACCCCCUUCUAAAGAUCAGUCAAAAACUGGUUAAAGCUAGUUAGACGGAAUGCAAAUAUAAUUUAUGCCCUCUUGUAAAUUGAUAUUUUUUUAAUCCAGUAUGUAUGAAGACAGUCUCCAUCCAAGCUCUGUAGAGCUGCUGAAUACAUCUAUAUAUUACUUUCAUGUAAAUGUUUAUAAUCAGAUGAAAUGACUCACCAAGGCAAAGAUAGUUGCACCACAAUCUGAAUAUGAAUUGUAGCCAAUGGCAAAAUCAAUAUUGCUGUGGCUACCAAUAUUUAAAUUAUUAGAAGUUUAGACUGACUUCUAUUUGAAAGCAAUUGUGUUGAAUUUUAUUGAAGAAUCUAGCCAAACUAAGUGUAGUUCAGAUGUCUAAGAAAGGUAAAUCCUGAACUCCACUUUUUUAAGGAUAUUAAAUUAUGUAACAUUUAGUUUUUGAAUGUGUUUUGAAUUGUUAUCUAUGUUCAGUAAAUUUUGUACUCGGGUAAUAAACCUAAUAUGUUGCUAGUCCGAAUAACAACAAAAAAUGAGGUUUUCACCCCUUGGUUGCACAAAUGUAAGGAUACAGGUAAGCAUUCCCAAGUAACUUACUUAAUGGAAGCAUCUGGCUAUAUUAUGUAAUAAAAUAUGAACAUUCGCCUCUAGUUGAUUAAUCCACGUUUGACAACAGCUGACUGAUUCGGUUAAUCUGGAGUAAUUUAAGCCAUGAAGGAAGACAUAAACCCAUACUUAACUGGUUUGUCAUAUUUUUGUUUUAACUGGACUGAUUCAUUCACUAGGAUUGGAGGUGUUUGACUCUGGUGACUAAAACGUGUCAGGUUAAUGUUUCUUGGAUGCAGAGAGUCAGUCUGUCAUGGUUUCCUCGUUCAUCAAUAUUUUAUACUGUGCUUCUUUGUCUUGAAGGAACAAAUCAAAACAGUGUAUUAUCCAUUGGGUUUAGCACGGGUUGUUAAAAAUAUUCUAUUGUUAUAAUUAAAGGUAAUCUGUCA